GGCAACAGUGAGUUUAGGAGAAUUUUGGAAGAAACGGAUCAAUUAUCUUGGACAGAGCAUCCCCGCCGGAUUGUGUAUCAAAAAAAAUCCCGCAUCGACAGGAGUAAGAGUAAAAAAAAGGAAUAAUAUAAGAAAAAGGUCGAUCAACCGCAAUUGUUUUACGGUGCGAUAUGUUUGCAGCGUUAUAGCAACGGAUCUGUUUACCCCGGUCGCAAACCUCAAAAAUCCCAGUCGCACAGAGAGAGAGGCGAGUCGGCGUCCCGGCUCCGUGUUGGUUCGAAAGUCCCGCGUCGCGCAUCCGCACCGCGCCACCCGCACAUCCCCACCCCAUUUGUAAGGACGGCGGGCGCGGCCAUAUUGUGGGCCGUUUUGGAUACGCUUUUGGACCGGUGUUGGCGUCAAGUGCCCCGCGAUCUAACCGUGCUCGAGAUCUGAACCAAGAGUGUGCGUGCGUGUGCCGACCACAGCAGCUGCCCCAGAGCUUUCGUUAUCCAGCGACAUCGCCGCAAUGUCUGAGCGCGAGGACAACGUCUACAAGGCCAAGCUGGCCGAACAGGCCGAGCGAUACGAUGAAAUGGUCGAGGCCAUGAAGAAGGUGGCCAAACUCGACCUGGAACUGACCGUCGAAGAGCGUAACCUGCUGUCGGUCGCCUACAAGAACGUGAUCGGGGCGAGACGCGCCUCGUGGCGCAUCAUCUCCUCCAUCGAGCAAAAGGAGGAGUCGAAAGGUACGGACGACAAGUUGGAAAUGAUCCGCCAGUACCGCAGCCAGGUCGAGAAGGAGCUGCGCGACAUCUGCUCCGACAUCCUCAGCGUGCUCGACAACCACCUGAUCCCGAGCGCCUCCACCGGCGAAUCCAAAGUGUUCUACUACAAAAUGAAGGGCGACUACCACAGAUAUCUGGCCGAGUUCGCGACGGGCAACGAUCGCAAGGACGCCGCCGAACACUCGCUGGUCGCGUACAAGGCGGCGAGCGACAUCGCCAUGUCCGAUCUGCCGCCCACCCAUCCCAUACGUCUCGGUCUGGCCCUCAACUUCUCCGUGUUCUACUACGAGAUCCUGAACAGUCCCGACCGCGCCUGUCGACUGGCCAAGGCGGCGUUCGACGACGCCAUCGCCGAACUGGACACGCUGUCGGAGGAGAGCUACAAGGACAGCACGCUGAUCAUGCAGCUGCUCAGGGACAAUCUGACGCUGUGGACCAACGACAUGCAAGGCGACGGUGAGGCGGAGCCGAAGGAGCAGCUCCAGGAUGUGGAGGACCAGGACGUGUCAUAACUUUAGAGCGGGUGUGGCGCGCCUCCAACGCAAAGUCGGCAAUAUAAUUAAUAAUUCAAAUAAUUAUUAAUAACGGACAAUUUCUUGAUAAGUGCUGUGUAGUGCCCGAGGGUCUCCAAAAAUACAACACACAACAACAAAAAUUAACUUACAAAAAAAAUACAUAAUAAUAAUAAUAAUCACACUCACACCACAAUAUACAACACAACAAAACAAAACAAAACAAAACAAACCACUCACACACAUACUCUACUAACUCAUAAUCUAAAAAAAAUUAUAACGUAUUAAGGCUCCCAAAUUCGUUCACAUCAUUUCCGGGGAUCCCGACGGUGUCGUCGGGGUCGGGGGCGGGGCCGCCUCCAACUAGUCCCCACCCCCAAACUCAUUUGCAAACACCCUACACUACUACAACCAUUCUCUCUACAGGAAAACAAACAUAUACAUUACAUACCGUAUUAUUAUUAUUAUGACGAUUAUAAUUAUUAUUGAUUAGCGGUAAAACUCUUGUGUCUCUUGCGUGUUUGGCGUGCGUGCGAGCGACUGGUGUGAGAGUGAGAGCGAGUGUGCGAGGUGCGAAUGCGUUUUUUUUUUUUGCGAGUGCGAGUGCGUAUUUUGCGGGCGGACUUUCGGUUGUUUAGGGCCCCGCCCCACACACCCCCUUAUUACCCUCCCCCAAUUACUUUCGGCAUGGAUGUUAACUAGAUGCGCUUUAGGGUACGUUCAUCAGUGACUGUUGUAUUAUUUACGUUUACUUUUCUUUGUAAUAAAAUUGCCGGUGUUUUAAUUUUUGUACUACUUUAUUAUUAACUGAUUAAAUGUUACCAGUUUAAUUAUAAUUGGCAGCACUUCAACCAACAUUGUAUUAUUAUUAUUAUUAUUAUUAUUAUUAUUUUUUGAUUGAUAUGUGGAACACGUUGACCAAUUUCCAGAAACACCUCGAGCCGUUUAAUUAAUUCAUUUUUUAUGUAUAUUUAAAAAAUAAAAGUGAUCGGAGUGCAUAAAAUAUGCAGAUGAGCAAUGAACGCAUAUUUGUCGUACAAGUUAUCAUUCCGUUUUUCCGUUUGUUCUGAUCAUUUUUUUUCUAAAUAGUAUUCGUUCAGUUUUUGUACUUAAGAAAAGAGGAAGAGUAGCGCUUGUCUCGCCUGCGCGUCGAACAUGGCCCACAGCAAUAAUCGCCUUUCGUAUCGCCACUUCGUUCCGACAAGACAAUCCUCCGGCGAAUGUGUAUCGACAGUUUUCCAAACGCCCAACUCCUCCGUUUGCAGAUGAUUCGCCGUGCAGGCCGGACAACAUCACUUAACGCUGUGUUUUUAAAAGUAUAUUUUUUUAAUUUAUUGUGGACUCUCGACGCCGCCACUUCAGAGAAUCUGGUUUGUGUCGAAGUGUUUUACGCGAGGACGGGAAAAAGGAGUGAAAAUUAAAAAUCUGGCGAUUCUCUGGAGUUCAGGCGUCUGGGAGUUUUUCAUUUCCACAAGUUGUAUUUUGCAUUUUGCGAAUGAAUGUAAAUCAGUGCUAUGUAGGUUGAUAUAAAAAAAUUGAUGUAUUAUUAUAAAAUUAUUUAAAGUUUA